AUGUACCCUGACUUGUAUAAGGGGUUGAAGCUGCGACCAGAAGACCUGACAGCAUAUGACUCCCCUUUGGUGAGUUUCAAAGGGAAAACUGUUACUCCGAAAGGCCAGAUUAGGCUGCCUAUACAAAUAGGCUCGGACAUAGUGGAGGUGGACUUCAUAGUGGUGGAUGCAUAUUCGCCCUACACCGCCAUUGUAGCCAGACCUUGGCUUCAUGCCCUAGGAGCUGUAUCAUCAACCCUACACCAAAAGGUCGGCUCAGAACUACUGCCCCAAGAGAAGGAAAAGCUUAUUGAUUUUCUCAGAAAAAAUGUGGACGUGUUUGUAUGGGACGCCUACGAGGCUCCGGGGGUCGAUCCGAAUUUCAUUUGCCACCAUCUUAACGUUAGUCCAUCCGUGACACCUAGGAAACAACCUCCUCGGCGACCGUCGAAAGAGCAUGCGGAUGCGGUGAAGGAAGAGCUGAUGAAAUUAAAGAAAGUAGGGGCUAUCAAAGAAGUUUUUAACCCCGAGUGGCUGGCCAAUACAGUUGUGGUAAAGAAGAAGAGUGGGAAGUGGCGAGUCUGCGUGGACAUCACAGACCUGAAUAAGGCCUACCCGAAGGAUCCUUUCCCUAUACCUCGGAUAGAUCGAUUGGUGGAUUCGACCGUGGGACACCCUCGAAUGAGCUUCUUAGACGCCUUUUAA